CAUAGCAAAUUUAGAAAACAAUCGAGUACGAUACAUAUAAUAUUAUCUUUGAGCAAAUAUAACGGACAAUCACUAUUGUAGUUCACGAGCAAUAGCCCAUCUUCGCAUAAUCCGAUCGCAAGACCAGUUUCACGUACACGAACAUCCAACCUAUUCAGAUACGUAUUGCACGUAUAUACGGAUGAUCUACCGUUAUAAAGAAACCUUCUAUGUACUCUUAAACGCAGUUCUAUCGCGUGUCAGCCAGUUACGCUUGCAAAGCAUGACCGUGGGGAAAGGUAUAACCUUAGGACAGUUCUCCAGUGCUUCUUGUUAAUCGUGUUCGUACUUUCCGAUGCAUUCCCGACUCUUGAAAGUUCGGAGCGAUUCGAAUGUAAAUGGAAGGACGAAGCAAUUUUUGAAGAUUCGAUUUUGAUCGAAAUCGCGAAUCGUUGGGGAAAAUUAAAAUAAUCAGCGAGUGGAAGGAAUUUAAAUUAAGAAGAUAUGCAGAAGCGAGGAAUUUCAAUGGUUCUGUGACGGCACUCGACAGCGAAUACCACCGCUCGGCACUAACUACCACCGGACAAGUUGGCGCCUCAAGUUACGAUCGUUCGGAACCCGGCUACCGGAGUCCGAUUUUUCUCCUACGCAUCAAAAAUGAAAGAAAAACAGCAGUAUCCCAUCAGCGACAUCUGCAGCCAGCAGCUAUAAUUAUCACCGACGAUAUGUUCGUUCUUUCGGCAGUUCGUUCUUUCAUAGUGGAUGUGUUUAGUAUCGCGAAGAAACGAAAAGGUUGCAAUUUUUAGUUGAAAUCGGUACCUUACAAAAUGGCAUUGCAAAAUGCAGUCAUCGUCAGGAAUGCGAAGAAAACAUAUGGUGAUCAAGUAUACAUCUUGAAUGGCGUGAAUGUUACUGUUCCCAAAGGCUGUAUAUAUAGCUUACUGGGAGCUAGUGGAUGCGGAAAAACCACUUUACUCUCUUGCGUGGUUGGCGUCCGAAAAUUAGAUUAUGGGGAAAUUUGGGUACUUGGUGGCCAGCCGGGAACCAAAAAUUCUGGAAUACCAGGGCCUCGUAUCGGUUACAUGCCGCAAGAUGUUUCGCUGGUCGGCGAAUUUUCUGUGAUUGACGCGCUAAUCUUUUUCGGAACAAUCAGUGGCAUGGAAAAAUUUGAAAUUGAAAGAUACAUAGAAUUAAAGGAUUUACUCCAACUGCCACCCAGGGAUCGUUUGGUGAAGAACAUGAGCGGUGGCCAGCAAAGAAGAAUAUCCUUCGCAGCAGCUCUGCUUCAGAAGCCUGAACUGCUGAUCCUCGAUGAACCCACUGUCGGUUUAGAUCCAGUUUUAAGGGACAAUAUUUGGAACCACUUGGUACAGAUCACAAAACAAGAAGGUGUCACGGUGAUUAUCACUACGCAUUAUAUCGAGGAAGCAAAACAAUCUGACAAGAUUGGAUUGCUCAGAAAUGGCCAGCUGUUGGCUGAAUCAUCACCGAAUGAAUUAUUGGAGCGAUUUCAAACCGAUUCUCUGGAGGAGGCCUUCUUAGCCUUGAGUCAGCAACAAACUGAGGAUUUACAAGGAAAUAAUAUGAUUCCUGAUACUUCAGGGGGGAUCAAUCCGAUUUAUAAUUCGUACAAUGUCGACAAUAAGCAGAAGCAGAGGAUAUUUCAAAGUAACUGGAAGAUGAGAAUUACGGCUUUGCUUUAUAAGAAUGCGCUUCAGUUUUUGCGUCAUCCUGGGGGGUUCUUAUUUUCGAUCGUCUUACCAGUGCUGGAAAUGAUGCUUUUCUUUCACUCGAUUGGUCCAGACCCGAAAAGUCUCGAGAUAUACGUAGUGAACGAAGAGACUGAUGCCUGUAAUAGUCAGAAAUAUUUAGGCAAUAUUACAUACUACGACGAAGAGCGAACGUGCAAGUUCAUUGAUCUCAGUUGUAGGUUUAUAGCCAACAUGGACGAGGAUAUUCUAAAGAUGAAAUUUUAUGAUAAUUACGAAAAAGCGAAGGAGAUAUUAGAGGAUAAUCACGACGCCGUUGGAAUAUUGUAUUUUCAGAGAAAUUUUUCAUUUGGAAUGGAACAGAAGUUAGAAAAUAUGCUCACUAUGUCUGACGAUGUUAUUUCGGCUUCUAUAAUCGACGUCGAGCUAGAUAUUCCAGAUAGAGAAAUUAUUUUAUUCGUAAAACAAUACCUAUACAAAAUAUACGUCAAAGAGUUUGAGAAAAUUGUUGAGAAAUGUGGAAUUAAUAAAAAGUACGCAAAUACUCCAAUAAAGUUUGAAGAUCCGAUUUAUGGUAAGGUGGAAAUGGACUAUUCAGAAUAUGUCACACCAGUAUUUUUGCUGACAAUGUUAUUCGUUUUGGCGACGUCUGUUUCUUCGAGCGCAAUCAUAACCGAUCGUCAUUCUGGCAUAUGGGAUAGGGUCUUAGUUCAAGGUGUUACCACCGCAGAGAUUCUGAUUACUCACUUGAUAACGCAAGCUGUAAUAAUUAUAUUUCAAGUAGCAAUAUCGUUAUAUAUUGGUUUCGAGCAGUAUGAUAUGUAUUGCGAAGGAUCAAAGAUCGGCGUCAUCGCGAUGGGUAUGCUAGAAGGAAUUUGUGGAAUGCUAUACGGUCUCUUUAUAUCAGUGUCAUGUACUUCUCAUAGUUUGGCCAAUUAUGCGUCAACGGGAACUUUUUAUCCAUUGCUUCUUCUUUGUGGAUUGCUCUGGCCAAUCGAGGGUAUGCCGAAAGUUCUUCGAUGGUUUAGUUUAACGAUGCCUAUAACGGUACCAGGAAAGUCACUAAGGGAGAUUAUGCAAAAAGGGACUGACUUCGACGAGCCGGAGGUAUUCUCAGGAUUUUUAGUGGUCAUUGUGUGGAUUCUUGCUCUUACAUCCAUCUGUCUGUUUCAAUUAAGAUAUAAAUCUUGAUCUCGAUAUAAAGGUUAAAAUUAAUAUGAAAAAAGACAUUGAAUUGGAAAAUAAACCACCUCGUAUCGUUUAAAUAGUGAAAAAGGCAUCUUUCUUCGCAAGCUUUACAGGGUUAGUUCAUUCUAAAUUGAUCUAGUAUAGAGUUAGUUCGUAGCUGCGUACAUAUGUAUACUAGCGGGAUAUUGCGUUUUUAUAUAUAUUGUAAAAUUGUAAUAUGUUUUUUGUAACUACUAAGAAAAUGGAGGACCACGUUAAGGACUCUCACCUACGUCAUUAGUGUACAUUUUGUUCAUAUGGUAAGUGUAGACGUGCGCGAACGAAGUUUCUUUAAGUCUUCUUAGAUUAUUAUAUUUUAUAUAAAAGAUGCGUUAGUUGUUGAUUACACAGUAAGUAAGCGGAAAAAUGUUAGGAAGAGGAUAUGCCUUUACCUCGUACUUUUACUCUUCGUUUAAACUUCUUGUGUCUACAGCUCUGGGAUUGUAUCGUAAUCGUCCAUAUCAAUGCUUGAUCUAUAAAAAUGUAAUCAUGAAACAGAACAUGUUCCAUCAAUGUUAUAGUCAUGUAAUAUUGGAUAUCAAAGCAUUCAGGGAGAUAAUGAAAGAAAAUAAACACAACGAAGAUGAAAUGAUUAAUCGUUUCGGCACCAAUGAAAUAUAA